UAAAGCGAAAGCGAAGGUCCGGUCAAGAAGACGGCAUUUGGGCUGACCAGAGCGUAUAUAUGGUUAUAAUAUAUGGUGAAGUUUGCCUGUCGUAUGGAAACGGUUCUUUGAGUAAGAAAAGGAGGAAUCUGCACUUCGUAGGGGAAGAUGAAGAUGAAAUGUCUCUGCGUUAUUUUGGUUCUGUUGAAGUUCGUCAUUAACACUGUUGGUUUCCUGCUGCACGGCUCUGCUGAUCCUCUCACUGCCCGGCUGGGAGGAGCUGUACUGCUGCCCUGCUUUGCCGACAGACCCCUGCCUUUGGAGGGGCUGCAGGUGGAGUGGAGAAGGACUGACACAGACACCAUCGUGCACCUAUUCCUGGGGGGUCAGAGCAGACCUGAAUCGCAGGGGGAUGCCUACAGGGGCAGAGCCCACUUACUCCCUCAGGAAAUCCCCAAAGGCAACUUCUCUCUGCUGCUGGAGGAUGUGAGGACUGCAGAUACAGGAGUGUAUGAGUGUGUGGUUUACAGAGAGCAGGAGCGUCGUGAAACACGGGUGCGAAUACAGGAAGUAGGUCGGCUGGUGGUGACGGGUGCAGACGAGCCGGUCUAUGCACAUGCUGGGGCGGAUGUGACUCUCAGCUGCUCUGUGGGGACCCAUGUCAGUGUGACAGAGCUUCAGGUGACAUGGAUAAAGACAGACGGUGACAUCUUGGUGCUGCUGUACGCUGAUGGAGAGAUCAGACCAGUGAUUGAGGAUAAGAAUUAUGCUGGAAGAGCUGAAUUCUUUGCUGCAGAAAUUUCCAAAGGAGACUUCUCAAUGAGACUGAGGGAAUUCAGGACUGAAGACGAAGGAGAGUUUAUGUGUGAAGUCCACACAGAUGCUGAUUCUGCCAGUACGACUGCCAGGAUAGUAGCACUGGAGUAUUCAUCCCUGUUUUGGUUGAAUCUGUGGCUGUGCAUCGCUGUCACACCUGUAGUCCUACUUACUGGUGCUUUAUCCGUCUGGCAUUUUGUGAAGGAAAGUAAAAGCAGACAGGCUGUGUUGUGUCACUGGUCACAUGUCAUAGCUCCACCAAUCAUGACGUCCUCAGCAUUCAUCCUGUGGGGUCUAACUGCAGGAUCCACAGGAGAGGCUGUAACUUGUGCUGUCGUCAGUCUGCUCAGUGUCCUGCUGUUGUUUAAUAUGGCUCCGUAUCAGGGAUUAUUAACAGGUAUGUUUUCUUAUUUCUAA